AUGACCGUAACUGAAUGUCGCUAUGCCCAAACCGAAAAAGAGGCUUUGGCUAUCACGUGGGCACUAGAACACUGGGCAGACUUUUUGGUCGGAAUGAAGUUUAAAGUACAAACUGAUCACAAGCCAUUAAUUCAACUGUUUUCCACCAAGCUCAUCGAUGAGCUCGCAGUGCGCAUUCAACGUUUUCGAAUGAGACUCCUGAGAUUCGAUUUUACGAUCGAACACGUUCCUGGUAAGUCCCUGUAUACAGCCGACUCACUGUCCAGAUCUCCUCAGGACGACAAAGCCCAUGCAUCCAAGUCAUGGAAUGACUUACGCGAUGAAGUAGAGUGCUACGUGAAUGCAGUACUUGUCACGUUACCGGCAUCGGAUCAGCGACUGGAUGAGAUCCGCCGUGAACUGAACAGUGACGAUACCCUCAAACUUGUGCUGCAGUAUGUACAGAAUGGGUGGCCAGACGAGAAACGCCGCGUUUUUGGGCCUGUGGCAAAGUAUUGGAGUGAACGCGGUAUUGUUUCCCUCCAUAAUGGGUUACUUAUGAGAGGGCGUGGACUAAUUAUUCCCCCUAAACUAAGGCCAGAUGUACUGAGACGCCUACAUGAUGGACACCAAGGCAUAACCAAGACGCGCACAAAUGCUGCCUCGUCAGUCUGGUGGCCGGGGAUCUCUAACGACAUAUGCAAGGUUGUGAGCAGCUGUGCUUUUUGCGAGAAGUACCGGAGGGAACGAAUAGAGCCAAUGAAAGGCCCUCCGUUUUCUAAUCGACCAUGGAGUAGAGUUGGCGUGGACUUCUUCCAGCAUAAGGACAAGACCUAUCUCAUUGCCGUAGAUUAUUUCUCUAGAGAUGUAGAGGUUUGCUUGGUGUCCAAAAGCGUGAACACUUGCCAGACCAUCUUACAAUUAAAAAAGAUCUUCAGCAGACACGGGAUUCCCUAG